AUGCUGAUGGAGCCGUGCGCGGCCAAGCACAUCAGCCACCAGAGUAUCGUGGCGGACCUCCAGGGCGCCUCCCCCCAGGUGCUGCUGCAGGUCACCGCCGCCGCCAACACCGCGCAGCGGGAGUGGCAGCGGCUGCUCGACACGGUGCGGGGCGAGGGGGAGGAGGAGGAGGCGUCAAGCUGCGGCGGCGGCGGGGGCGGCGCGCAGGAGCGCGAGGGGGGACAGCAGGAGGAGGAGGAGGUGGCCGGCGGGGCGGCGGCGGGGGCCGGCGAGCCGCGCACGCCGGCGCGCCUGAGCCGUGCCGGCGGCCCGCAGGACGGCGGCGCGGUGCAGGCGUGGCUGCAGCAUCAGCAGGGGCCGGACGGGCCGCCGCAGCCUGAGACUGAGGGGCAGCGCGCGGCGUGCGGGCGCAGCGACAGGGGCAAUCAGCAGGUGGAGCAGGGCGCCACAACCAGCAGCAGCCAGGGUGAAUGCGGCAGCAGCGCGCUCCGCGAGGACCCGCGGCCCGCCACCGCGUUUGCCGCCGCGGCCGAGGCCGCCGCCGCCGCGAGGAGCUGCUCGCUCGAGGGCGGCGGUGGUGCGGGGGCCGCGGGCGGCAUGGGCGCGGCGCCGGGGCCCUGGGGCAGCGCCUGCCUGAGCGGCCACCCGACCAGGAGCGCCUCGCUUGGUCAGGCCGCGCACGGCUGGGCGCCGCGGGGGCGCGGGGCCAGCAGCUUGGGGGCGGCGCCUCUGGAGGGCGUUGGGGGCGCGGAGGCGAUGGACUGGCAGCCUGCGGACGAGCAGCAGCAGCAGCAGCAGCAGCAGCAGCAGGCCGCCCUGGACGGCGCUGGCGGGCAGCGGGCGCAUGCGCAGGGCGGGUCGGGGCAGCAAGAGGAGCAGCAGCAGCAGGAGCAGCAGCAGCAGCAGCAGCAGCACCAGCAGCAGCAGGAGUGGCAGCAGCAGCGGCAGCCCCAACAGCAGGAGCAACCGGAGGAGCAACAGCAGCAGCCAGGCGAGCGGCCCCCGGCCCUGCCACUGCCGUCGCAGCAGCAGCAGCAGCAGGAGCGCGCGCCGCCGCGCCGGCGGCGUUGUGGCAGGCACGGCUAG